AUGUCCUCCUAUGAGAAGAUCACACAGCCUGAGGCAUAUCCGUUGAAGAGAACUGCCCAUUGUCCGAAUAAUGGCCUUCCAGUCCUCGUAUAUCGGGGCGUCCUCCAACCACUCAACGAGGACAGUGCGUCGGAAAGACUUCAGCGUCACGGCUGGGAGAAGAAGGGAACCUGGGGCACCAUCAGUCUGAAGCACUUUCAUCCAAACACACACACGAGCGUGUUUCAAGGCAGCUCUGAACUAGUUUUUGGUGAAGGAGUUUCGGAUGAUUCCGGCAGCGGAGUGAGGUGUCUAGUCCGAGCUGGCGAUGUCGUCGUUGUCCCAGCAGGCGUAGGACACGCGUCUGUAUCAAAUGCUGAGGGAGCAGCGGACCCUAUUGAGGGGGAGGCCGAGUAUCGAUAUGUUGGAGUGUAUCCCAAAGGUUCGCCUGAUUACAAAUACGAAAUUGGCAAGAAGACAUUGGAAGAGAAGAGCGGGCUGAUAGAAGAGGUUUCCGCCGUUCCUGAACCGCCCAAUGAUCCUUUAUACGGGCUUGAUGGGCCAUUGGUGAGAAUCUGGAACAACUCCAGAGGGGUACUUGUUGAAGGUAUGGGGUCAUAG